AUGGCCGCGAUUUCCCAACUCGUUAACAAGCAUCGGCCGGACCUCUCGCCGUACGAAGAGCUCUACAAAUACUUCCACGCGAAUCCAGAGCUCUCAAAUCAAGAGAAGGAAACGGCGGCGCAUAUUGUCAAACACUUGAAAGAGAAGGUCUCGUCCGACUUCGACGUGCGACCCAACAUCGGUGGCCAUGGCAUUGCAGCUCUGCUAUUCAAUGGCGAAGGCCCCACUGUCCUACUCCGCGCCGACUUCGAUGCCCUCCCGGUGCAGGAACGAACGGGUCUAGCAUACGCCAGCACGAAACGUAUGAGAGACGCAGAUGGCAUCGAGAAGCCUGUCAUGCACGCCUGCGGUCACGAUAUGCACAUCACCUCACUGCUUGCGGCGGCCGAGACGCUGGUAGCUUCUAGAGACUCAUGGUCAGGGACCUUAUUGCUGGCUUUCCAACCAGCGGAAGAGCGAGGAACCGGGGCACAAGCUAUGGUUGAUGAUGGGAUGUACGAUUCCAAGAAACACGCUGUUCCUAUCCCAGACGUCUGCCUCGGCGGACACGUCGUGCCAUGGCGUGCAGGUGUCCUAGGUACAAAGCGAGGACUCAUGGCCACAGCAGCAGACAGCAUGAGAAUCACCCUGCACGGCCGUGGCGGCCACGCAAGUAUGCCAGAGCGCCUUGUGGACCCUGUCGUCAUGGCCGCCAGCACCAUCAUGAAACUCCAAACCAUUGUCUCUCGCGAAAUCGACCCAGCGGACCACGCUGUGGUGACCGUGGCCUCAGUCCAAGCCGGCGACGCAGAGAACGUGGUUGUCGACGACGCCCGCAUCGCCGUCGACGUGCGCUCCACGAACGACCAAACCCGCGCCAAAGCCCUCGCCGCCAUCCGCCGCAUCGUCGACGCCGAAAGCGUAGGCUCCAACGCCGUCAAACCACCCACCAUCGUGCCCACUCGCGCCUUCCCCUUGACAAUAAACGACGACACCCUCACCACCGCACUCGAGAACUCCUACUCCGCCCACAUGACCUCGGACGCACACAACUACAACGCGAACUGUGAUCGCAUCGGCGGGUCGGAGGAUUUCAGCAUCUUGGGAACGGCGGUGGGGAAGCCGACGGCGUUUUUCUGUUAUGGCGGGACGGAUCACGAGUUGUGGGAUAAGUGUGAGAGGGAGGGGAGAUUGGGCGAGGGGAUUCCGGUGAAUCAUUCGGAUCGGUUUGCGCCUGUGAUUCAACCGACUUUGAGGGUUGCGGUUGAUGCGUAUGCUGUUGGGGCUUUGACUUGGUUGGCGACGGAGAAGUAA